CGUGUCAUCGAGCGUAUCCAAUACCGGUUUUCGAACGUUCGACUAUCGUUAACCGGCUCGUAUAUCGAGCAACGUUUCGGUGCUUCUUCCCAGAGAAGAUAGCCCAGUUUGAUUGUCUUCCGUCGAUUUAUCAUGCGUGACGUCACACAUUCCCUUCUACCCGCCUUCGGUCAGUCGUCGGUAAGAGGGAAACAUCGGACGAUUGAAAAGAAGAAACAUUUUCUUUCGAAUCGGGUAUAAUUGUAAUUAAGUGGCAAGCGAUAUGGCACUAACCAUCUUCUCCGUUCCCAACUGUCGAAACGCGAUUGUCACGAAAGGCAGCUUUGCUCUAAGGAAGGAGCUCUAGUCGGAGCUCGUUCUACGUUUACUAUUGUAUAUUUGUUAUCAUCUUAAUUAGUUUCCGUAGCAAAUCGUUAAAAUUGCUCGUUCUCCUAUCUCUCGCAAUAAUGGCUCAUGCGCGAGCCAUUAUAAAAGCUGCGUGAAUGACGGACAUUACCGCGAGCAUAAAAGUAGUAAAAGUAGUAAAAGUGGUCGAAGGUUCAGGAAUCGUGGAGAUCAUCGGCAAUGAGGUAGAGGUAAAAUAAAUGCGAGCACGAUCGCGUAAUACGAAAUAACUCGAUAGAUCAUCCUCGUUCGUCGCAUGCAAUUACAUAAUAGAAGCGGUUCCACGAACUUGGCACAUGAAACCGGAACUUCACAGCGAUCCUGUAGGAGUUCCGGUGGGAGCACUGUCGCCCCCGGCCACCCUAUCGCCUCCCAGUAGUCCCAACGUGACGUUACCACCCUCUCCUUGGAGCCCAGGCGCUCCGGGAAGCAGCGCGAGCAGCGCUGCCUUCUCGAAUCUUGCCUCUAACUUCUGCGUACCUGUUCCGGACCGUUUCAGCGCUUUUACUCUCGUGUCCGGAUAUGGUUCGGACUUACGACUACAAAAUUUGCCUCAUACCGCGAACGUAGCUACGCGAGAGAUGCGUUGCGGUCUGAUGUACAGUGGUUACGCGACGUCCGGGACCACUUGGUGGACCCGAAACGUAGGCUUUCUGUUGCCGCAUUCCCUUCUGCCGCCGUUAAGAAUUCCAGCUCAGCAAACGACACCGGUCGCCAAUUGUUCGCCCAUCCAUCCGGAACCUCUAAGCCCGGUCAAACCAGGUUCGCCGAGAUGCACCACGGAAAAAGCUGCAAUCGAGGAAGAAGUACCUCUGAAUCUUAGCACGAAACCAAACGACGUCUCGUCGAACAUCACCAGGAAGAAUGAAAUUUGGUCGCCUGGAUCAGUUUGCGAAAGAGAGGCCAGAGAAACGAAAGCACCGUCUUCUAAAAAUCCUUUGGCUACUUCUAUAAUCAACAGGCAAAUUCAUCAUUCACCCCUCACUCCAUCGUCGUCGUCCGAAAGAAGCUUUCAAUGCAAACAAUGCGGGAAAGCAUUCAAACGGUCGAGCACGCUCAGCACUCACCUUCUAAUUCACUCCGACACGAGACCCUACCCCUGUCAAUAUUGCGGCAAGAGGUUUCACCAAAAAUCGGACAUGAAGAAGCACACGUACAUUCACACCGGUGAGAAGCCCCACAAAUGCGUGGUAUGCGGUAAAGCGUUCUCGCAGAGCAGCAAUCUGAUCACUCAUAUGCGCAAGCACACGGGCUACAAGCCGUUCCAAUGCGGCCUCUGCGACAAGGCCUUUCAAAGAAAGGUCGAUCUUCGAAGGCAUCGAGAAGGUCAGCAUCCAGCGGCGCCGGCGUUAGACUAUCGCUCGCUUCAGGUUGCGUCGGCUGGUGUCGGCGAACAAAGUGCCAUUCAACGUAACAGCACCCGGCAACCUCGGUGCACGCCAUCACCACCACCGUCACAAGCAGCGAUACAACAACCACCAGCACAGCCGCUCUCCGGUACCACCGCCAGCGGCAGCACAGCCCCGUACAGAACGAUACCGGUUCCGGGUAGCAGCAGCAGCAGCUGAGAUUCGUCUCACCGACCGCCCUUUCCUUCUUGCAGGUGUACGCACGAUUCCACGGGAUCACCGAACGCGCGCCAAGCGUCGCACUCUAAUUCGACUACACUUUUUACUUAGUCUCACACCUUUCGAAUCUCUGCCUUGUAAAUAAUCCACGACGAAUUGCUACUGCUAACGAAGACACCAUUGAUUACAAUUAUUUACGAGAAGGUAUUUCAUUCCUUCGUUCGUUAUCCAACAGCAUACAGAUUUCGAGGAUGUUUUAGAUGCUCGGAAGACGGACAAAAGUUUUCGACUUGUCGAACGUUGGUGAGUAAA